GGACAAUUUAGACAUUCUAAUAGAUCACUUAGUCUCACAACAUGACGCCAACUACGACAAAUCCGUAACAGGCUGUCUAGAGCCUUACAGGGUGAUAAAAGACAACAUGCCGUGCCCGAUCUGUCCAAAUCGCGUGUUUAGAUAUUUUGGUAUCCUACUUAGGCAUAUAAACUCGGAGCAUAGUAACAACAGGAUCUGCGAUUUUUGUGGCCGCAGUUUUAAGGACAUAACAAAUCUAAAAGUGCAUAUUACUAACGCACAUACCGGCGCCUGCGAGUGUGAUAUUUGCGGCACGAAGUACAAGAAUCAGUUGUGUUUGAGCCGGCACAAAGCGAAAAGCCACAACGCGAAAGAUUACAAAUGCCCGAAAUGCCCAGAGUUUUUCCGGUCAGAGUACCACAAGCAAAAACAUUUGAUCAAAGUCCACGACAUCGGUCACAAGUGUACGUACUGCGGGAAAAUGUUCACUAGAAACUCGUUCAUGAAGGACCAUAUACGUAGGACUCAUCUGAAGGAGAAGAAUGUGAUCUGUUCGGUCUGUAACGAGAGAUUCUUCGACAACUACCUGCUGAGAAUGCAUAUGGUGAAGCACGAGGGCGAGCGGAAGUUCAGCUGUGAAGUUUGCGGCAAAGCGUUUCUUAGGAGGAGCAAUCUCAGUAAGCAUAAGGAACUGCAUCAGAAGUAAGGACAUUUACAGUAGUAAACGAAAAAAUUAAUCAAAUUCCACUUCGAAAUUUCCAAUUUAAUGAUUUAUUAUAAUAACACAAAUAAGUAAAAUAUGACAUCGGGACAUAGGGGCUAUAAAGCACCCGAAACGUCGGUAACUAAAAUUAGUAAAAAUAAAAAUGAAAUACUUAUAUUAGACGCUAUAAAAUCCUUAAAAUUGGUCAUUGAAGUUAAACUAAAGAACACUAUUUAAUAACAAUAUCACUUUUAUUAGUUCUUUGCGUAGUUCAUUUUAAGGUUCCGUAAUUCGGUUUACUAGGUGGGUAGGUACCACCCUUUUACCUAUUUCCUUGAUUCCCAUAGUUUGUUAGAAUGGCAAUCUGACACAACCGGAUAGAGAUCAGUCGCAGGACCAACGGCUUUACGUGCUUUCCCGAGGCAAGUGAGAUCAUUGGAAUGUCAAUUUGACACAACCGGAGAGAGAUCAGGCAAGGGUCCAACGGCUUUACGCGCUUUCCGAGGCAAAGGAGUUCGUUGCAACGGCAAUCUGACACAACCGGAGAGAGAUCAGGCGCAGAACCAACUGCUUUACGUGCUUUCCCGAGGCAAGUGAGAUCAUUGGAAUGUCAAUUUGACACAACCGGAGAGAGAUCAGGCAAGGGUCCAACGGCUUUACGCGCUUUCCGAGGCAAAGGAGUUCGUUGCAACGGCAAUCUGACACAACCGGAGAGAGAUCAGGCGCAGAACCAACUGCUUUACGCGCUUUCCGAGGCAAGGGAGGUCGUUGGGAUGGCAGUCUGACACAACCGUAGAGAGAUCAGGCGCAGAACUUUCCGAGGCAAGGCGUUAUACAUCGCUCCACUUUCUGACCCCGGGCUGCUCAUGACAAUUUCUCGACAGAAAAACUCAAUGGCCCGUUUUUUGGUCCGACACGGGAUACGAACCGGGACCUCAUGAUCAGAAAUCGCGUUUAAGAUCUCUACACUAAACCGCAAUGGUAAACAACUUUAAAUAGGUUCGUAAUUAAUAAAAAGAAAUGAUCACUUUAUUGGUUUACAUGCUUUACACGCUUUAAUUUCUCCCUCUCCUUUCCAUCAUCGAACAACCAGACGGUCGGCGGGUCUUCACCCCUUCAUCAACCAAACGGUUUGCUUCAUCUUUUGUAAUGCGUACAGUAAAGGAGUGGAAUAUUUAUUGCCAGUCUCUCUUCCGUCCGAAUACAAUCUGGGCGUCUUCAAGGCAAGAGUGAAUAGGCUUUUGUUGCGCUAAGACAGUGCUAUUUAUCAUCUAGGGCUACAUCACCACUUACCACCAGUUGAGAUGGUGGUCAAGCACUGGCUUAUAAUAAGUAAAAAAAUCAGUUAUUGCAAACUCGUUUGUGUCCACAAAUUUUAUAAAUAUAAACAUGUUAAUUUAUGUACGUUGGAUGCAAGUUUUUUUCUAGUAUAUCGUAAGGAAAUAUUGUAAUCGCUAGGUUUAACGAUUUAGUGAGCAACUGUAUGUACAUUUGGACGUUUUUAUCUCUGACAACAUAGACAAUUUUUUCAUAAAUUUUGAUGGCAUACAGAUAACAUUAGAUGAUGUCCAUUUACUUCCUUCUUAUUCUUACAACUUUUUGACAUGAAACUCUUGUGAGAGAAGGCUUGUGUGCAAUUGUGGGAUGGACUGUAAUUUUAUUACUUGACCUACUUUUGAUAGAUCAUGGAAUCUAUAGUCUUAAAAACCUAAAAAUAAUGCAAUACUAUAUUUUAUUAGUCUGAGAUGUAAGGGCGAAUUUUGUAUAUCGAAAAAAUCUCAAUGUAAGGAUACUCGUAUUUAAAUAAACCUACAUAAUAUAAACAUAAGUUUACAUUUUUUUAGAAACUACUAAUACACAGAUAGUGUAUAUAAUAUCAUAAGUAAUACUUUAAUCUGUGAAGAUCUGAUUCCUAGAACAUGACAUAAGCUAAGUUCGCUAAAUAUUUGUAUUAUUUAAAAUACUUUAUUAGUUAUGUAUAUUUUGAUUGCGUUCCGAUUUACGUAAAGAAAUUGUAUAAAAAUAUAUGUGUGAAUUAUUAUUUUUGUAUCAUUUCCAUCCUUAUAAAAUUUGAUAAAUAAAAAAUAAAAUCUGUUUCGACACUAACAUUAUUUUGAUUGUAAAUUUAACUAACGGAGUGGAAAAAAAAAAGAAAAAUUGGAGGGAAAUAAAUCUAAAGAAAGUAAAGACGAAAAUUUCUUUCCAGGUGCAAAAUUGAGCACAGUGGAGGACAAAUAUAAGAAAACUGAAAUGGCGCGUAAGUUAUUGAUUAAGAGGCGUAAUGUGGAAUACGUUUUACAAUACGGCAAUGUUACGCCUUUUAUGUGGUAUAAGGGCAGGUACAGGUGUUUCUAUUGCUCAGAGCCAAUGAAAGAUCCCGACUUGUUGAGGGAGCACACCGCCAAAGUUCAUCAGUUCGCAAACCUAGAACUAGUCGUUUACGAUAGGACUAAAAACAACAGGAACAGGGACGCGGCAGUUAAAAUAGACGUCACUAGAAUCUCCUGUAAGUUGUGUUCAAAGUCGGUGAACGAUCUGGAGCAACUUAUACACCACUUGAUCAUAGCGCACGACGCGGAAUAUGACGUCAGUGUGCCGAACUGUUUACUACCCUUCAAAUUGGACAAGGAGCAACCAACGUGCCCAAUUUGCAAUAUGAAAUUCGUCUUCUUUGAAUAUUUGCUCCGGCAUUCCAAUAAGCAUCACCUUUCACACGACUAUAUUUGUGAUGUCUGUGGUACCAGCUUCCAAGGGGAGAAUCACCUGAAAAUGCACAAUCGUUAUUACCAUAGAGAAGGGGGGUACACUUGCGAACAUUGUGGUAUUACUCUAGCCACAUUAUCCAAAAAGAUACUCCACGAGAAGAACGUUCACAUGGUCAAUUUAUCAACGUGCCCCCAUUGCCCGGAGACAUUCAAGAGUCCGUACUUCAAAAAGUUGCAUCUAGCAAACGUGCACGGUGUCGAAGAGUUGAAAAUCAAAUGUCCUUAUUGCCCGAAAGUCUAUCCACAGGAGAGUAUUAUGUCCCGUCAUAUGAGACGGGUACAUCUGAGAGAGAAGAACGUUGAAUGCGAAAUUUGCGGAGACCGAUUCUUCGGUCCUUAUGACGUAAAAUUGCAUAUGCUUAAACAUAAUGGCGACAAGAAAUUCGUUUGUGCGGUAUGCGGGAAAAAGUUUUCCAAAAAGAACAAUUUGAACACCCAUUCGGUUAUACAUACUGGCAGAAAGAAUUAUACGUGCAACGUGUGCAAUAAAGCGUUCGCGCACCAACCUAAUCUAAAGAUGCAUUACAAAACAAGGCAUCCGCAAGACGAGGCUAAAAAUACAGAGCAAAAUGUAAACAUCAUCGAUGAAUUAGAUGGGGGCGAAAUUGUGCAAAUGGAGUUUGUCAGAGACGAAUUAGAGGGAGCCGAGUUAACCGGAGAAUACAUACAUUAAAGCUGCUACAAUACGUGUAAUUGUUUAAAAUACAUCGUUGUAAAAAUCUAUCUAGAAUUGCAGUUUGUCGUCAGGUCUAAAAUGAAAACUGUCUCCCAAAAACUAUAUUAGUUGUAUAUAAUUUUAAUAAUAUUUAAAAGAUUAGACAUAGUUCUAACUUAAACUAUCUUUGUAUCGUUCCAACUAUCAUUGAAUACCCACACUUCCGACGGGAGCACCUUUGUGUUGUGAAAUUUUACAAAUGGCGAGACCCAUGUCCAACUGUGGACUGCGGAUGAUUUUAUCUAUCUAUUCUAUCACAACCUCAAAAAUCCAUAGCCGAACGUAUGUCUCUCCCGUAGAUUACCUCAAAGGGGGAUUUCACCUAAAUUGAUGAUGAAGAUACUGCUGUCCACCAUCUCCUGUUUCAGUUUCCCUCUGUCGCCACUUACGACAUUCACGGGUGGAUAUGGUGGUGGAUGCUCUUACCUCGCCACUAUACGGCGAACUUGUAUAUGAUCUCGGCGAUACAAGUUCCUCAUAAGUCGUCCAAUGCCGUCACUUUGAAGUGUAAUAAAGUAAUAGAGCAAGUUUCCUUAGUAAUAAAGAUUAUUUAUUCAAACAAACACCAACACAUGUUACAAUAGAUAACAGACU